CACCUGAAACGGACUUCGGUCGCCGUGAUCUUCAGGAACGUCAAACGAACUAAGGCCUGUAAAGUCCAUGCAAAUCGCGUAGGAAGUCAACUGGAUCUACAUUCCGUUGAAGUUUGCUCGCGAGAACGAAGAUCCCUCCAGAAUCGUGCUUGAGCGAUUACAAUAGAAAUCCAGUAAAAGAAAUUAUUCCUCGGCGAGUGUACCAAGAUCGAUGCUGAUUUUCGAUACGACAAACUCGAAAAGAGAAAUUCAUAUUUGCGCGUUUGUCGCCGUCAAUUGUAAUCGAAGUGUGAAGAAACAUGAGGCCGCCGUAUAACGAAGGAGAGGUGCAGCAGAUCUCGCAGGAGCAAGGCGAAAGAAAUGUUGCGAUGGCAGUCUGCGUUCAACUGGCUGGUCGGGCGAUCAUCCGGGUGGUUUCACGAUGUGAGGAAGCCCAGGAUAACUGCAACUUAGACUUGUCGGAGUGCCAGCUCAUGCAAAUCCCAGACGCAGUCUACCAUCUGAUGCGGCACACAGAGCUGAAGAGAUGCGACCUCUCCGGCAACGUGAUCACAAAAAUUCCAGCCAAGUUUGCCGUGAAAUUUUCAUUAAUCACUGAACUAAAUUUAAGCCACAAUCAAAUGAGCAAACUGCCUGAGGAAUUAGCCGAACUGCAAGCUCUGGAGAGACUCGAUAUCUCGCACAACACUUUCAUCGCUCUACCAUCUGUGGCUUGGCGGAUACCGCACUUGAAACGACUUCUCGCUAACAACAAUUUUAUCAUCGAUGUUGACGUCGAGAGGCUUAGGCACGCACCUGUUCUAGAAUUCAUUGACCUGCAAGCGAAUCCCCUUCCACCGAGAUUGCACGAUCUUCUACGCACUCUGACCAGGAUUACAAUCGAGCUUACUCCUCGGCAAAUCGAGGAUUGGGAGGACUUGAACGUUUAAGUCAUUUCCUAAGCGAGAGCAGUCUAUUUCGCGACGGAAGACGACGGAGAGACGGUUCCGACCUUCGUAUUCUCUUGACGAAAAUUGCUCAAGACUUUGCGCGAAUUAGAAGUAGAAUCAAUAUUUUGUACAGUGAUAAUGCGAGCUGUGUGAUAAUAAGUGUCGCGGAUUGUAAAUCAAUGGUUCGCUUGUAUCUUUUGUAAAUGUCACUAGUGAUUUAUAUCUGUACUUAAUUAUCACGGAUUUGUUACUGAUCUCACAGAGAUCGAUCGAUCCUUCGUUUUUUUCUUUUAUAUCGCAUGUAUAUUUAGAUUUUAUCAAGACACUAGCCAUGAAUGACGCUGUUGUGAUCAAUUAUAUAUUCAAGAAUUUUUAGACCUUAUUUAUGAAUGUUUUAGUAUCAAAACACUUUCAACGUCGAAUUUUUGGCUUAUAAUAAAUGAUUGAAUUGCUUAAAUUAUUUGAAAGAUUUUCUUGAAUCUUUGGAUUUUUAAAUGACAAACGUGCGAUCCCUAAAACGUGAAAGUCUCGGAUCUUAAGACUUAAAGCAAUAUUUGCAAAUUAUCAUUUUGUCGUUUAUGAAUAUAAUUAACUUACAUUGACUGUAUUUUUAGCAUAUAAUAAUUUCUGUUUGUCAACAUUACAGACACGUUUACCGCUAUGAACUGCCGAUACAUUAUAUAGCCGGCACAAUUUUUUUAACAUUAACAUUUUGCACUCGAGUAUCUGAAAAUAUAAC